GCGCCGGGACGGCGAGUUCCGGGAUCCCCAGCCGCGGAGGUACGGGGGCCUGGACGGCUGGGGGCCUCGUCGGGCUUAUUCUUGGCGGCGGUGGGCGGCCAUGGCGCGGAAGCCGAGCUUCCGGCUGCUGCUGUCGCUGCUGCUGCUCUGCCGGGCCCCGGUGUGCAGCUCCGGCCCGCUGCCCCUGAUCCUCAACACUUGGCCUUUCAGGAAUGCAGCCGUAGCAGCGUGGAGGACGUUGGCGGCUGGAGGGUCUGCGCUGGACGCGGUUGAGAGCGGCUGUGCGGCGUGCGAGCAGGAGCGCUGUGACGGCACCGUGGGCUUCGGCGGCAGCCCCGACGAGUCCGGAGAGACCACCCUGGACGCCAUGAUCAUGGACGGUACUACCAUGAACGUAGGAGCAGUGGGAGAUCUUAGACGAAUUAAAAACGCCAUCGGUGUAGCACGAAAAGUACUGGAACACACGACACACACGCUGUUAGCAGGAGAGUCAGCCACCAAGUUUGCCGAAAGUAUGGGGUUUAUCAACGAGGAUUUAUCUACCGAUGCUUCUUGUGCCCUUCAUUCAGAUUGGCUUGCCUGGAAUUGCCAGCCAAAUUACUGGAGGAAUGUUAUACCAGAUGCUUCAAAAUACUGUGGACCCUACAAACCACCUAGUAUCUUAAAGCGAGAGGGUUCUACCUACAAGGAAACGGGAGAUAACUACGGUCAUGAUACUAUUGGCAUGGUUGUCAUCCAUAAGAUGGGAAAUAUUGCUGCUGGUACAUCUACAAAUGGUAUAAAAUUCAAAAUACCUGGUCGAAUAGGAGACUCGCCCAUACCUGGAUCUGGGGCCUAUGCGGACGACACUGCGGGAGCUGCAGCAGCGACCGGGGACGGCGACAUACUGAUGCGCUUCCUCCCAAGCUACCAAGCUGUAGAGUAUAUGAGAAGAGGAAAAGACCCAACCACAGCAUGCCAAAAAGUGAUUUUAAGAAUCCAGAAGUACUUUCCCAACUUCUUUGGGGCUGUGGUAUGUGCUAACGUGACUGGAAGUUAUGGUGCUGCCUGCAAUAAACUUUCAACAUUUACUCAGUUUCAUUUCAUGGUUUACAAUCCUCUAAAAAGUGAGCCAACUGAGGAAAAAGUCGACUGCAUCUAAUCCAUCUUUUCUGUCCGCAUCUGUACUUAAAGAAGAAAGAAACAGAGGCUGAAAAGGCUACUCACUGUCAUCGUAUAAUGUGCCUCAUGUAUUCUAAAAUUCUUUGUGUAAGAUAAGCACAAAAAUUUUAUGCUAAAAGAGCAUUUUCACUUUCUAUAUCUGAAAAAUUUUUAUUAUCUGUUUUUAUUUAAGCUUUGUAUAUCCCCUGAAAAUGAAUAUGUGUGUGUAUGUAUUUUGUUUAUGUUUAAAUUUUGAGUGAUAUUUGGAUUUCUGCUCAGUGUUUCAAGAAAUUGCUCCUUUGGGGAUUUACUUCCAUAGUGAUACAGUAAAGCCACAAGAAAUAAUCUAUAUUUGGAUACUUAAAAUAAUUAGAGUAGCCAAGGUUUUUAGACACAAAGAAAAAAGUAACAAUGAGUCACAGCAUGAUAAGUCCUGAUUGAACCUCAGUACCUUAGAGUAAUAUGUCUCUUAUCACUGGUUAUCAGUUGUACAUAAUGCUCUCUUCUAGCCUGAAGAGGAAAGAAUGCUGUUAAUCAUAAAGGUGCGUUUUGUUUAGCACGUAUUAGAAAACGUGGGCCGUCUUAUGACGAGCAACUGUGUUGAUUUUCUUGGGCUUUUUCCUCUGGUGGUGCUCUCAGUGUGUGAAGGUUUUUAGCCACCAAAAAAAAUCUCUGACCUUUUAGCUACAAAUAUUUCGUAUUGAUAAUUUCUUCCGAAAAUGAUUUAGGGAACUUGAUCUGUACUGUGGUUUUACUAAUCUCUUGUGCAGAUGUUGGUGGUUUGAAUUAGCAGUGAGUCAGUAACUCUCGUCUGCCUUGUUUUUCUGAGCGCUCGGUCAGCCGUCUGCGGACAACUAGACAGGACUGUAAGUGGGCUUUCUCACUAUCAUCUUUGCCUUCAUUACCUUCCUUUUACCUCAGGAGUCAUUAAUAAAACCGUAUGUCCAGUAUUGUCCCCCA